AGGCGUCCUUUGUUUUUUUUCUCUUUGAUAUUUCUUACCUAUCUUCUACUCCUCUCUCCAUCCUCGUGGAAAAGAAGGUUGAUCGUGUUGGAAGAGAGACAGAGACAGGAAGAGCUUUAGUUGCCCCGCGGUGAUCGUCGUUCGACCAGGAACCGGAGCUCUAUCUCCUCUCCUUACAAGCUCACCCUGCUAGCUCUAUCAUCAACAACCCCGCCCCCUCAAUUCUAUCAUCGGUUACCCCUGCUUCGCACUUAUUAUUGGCUCUUGGGACCCAGCUAUCUUUUCUCUGUCCUAGUUAGCUCGUUCUGUCUUUAGACGUAGCCUCAGAUCCUAAGUUCCAGCUUUUAAAAUGGCUUCGACAGAACGUCUACCAACUAGGGAACGUCGCCCUUCGACGGCGGCACCUAUUGUCGAUAUCGUCGGUUCCGUGGGCCCCGCGGGCAUCUCUCGUCCUAAACACAAGCGCACCUUUACGGGUUUCGGGGCCAGUGAUAUCAAAAAUGUAGAAGCGGCGAUCCCCGAACCUCAACGUGAAGUAUGGAGCAAAUACCAAUUCGAAGGUUUCAAGACAAAGGACGAGUUUGAAAAGGAGGUCGUUCGACAUGUUGAGACAACUUUGGCUCGUAGCAUGUUCAACUGCGACGAGUCAGCUGCAUACUCGGCUACCAGCUUGGCGCUGCGUGAUCGCCUAAUUAAAGAAUGGAACAAGACUCAGCAGCGCCAGACCUUUGCUGAUAGUAAGCGCGUCUACUAUCUCAGUUUAGAGUUCUUGAUGGGACGUGCUUUAGACAAUGCUAUGCUCAAUGUUGGCGCGAAAAGCACUGCUAAAGAGGGCCUUUCGGACCUCGGAUUCCGCAUUGAGGACAUUAUCGGCCAAGAACACGAUGCUGCGCUAGGAAAUGGUGGACUUGGACGACUUGCAGCUUGUUUCCUCGACAGCCUUGCGUCCUUGAAUUUCCCUGCCUGGGGAUAUGGUUUGAGAUAUCGGUAUGGUAUUUUCAAGCAGGAGAUCAUUGAUGGAUACCAAGUCGAGGUACCCGACUACUGGCUUGACUUUAACCCCUGGGAAUUCCCAAGACAUGACGUCACUGUCGAUAUUCAAUUUUAUGGUAAUGUCCGUAAGAGUCAAGAUGAAAAUGGCAAGACGUUGGCGACUUGGGAUGGCGGCGAAAUUGUCACCGCUGUAGCCUACGAUGUGCCAAUUCCUGGCUACGACACACCAUCCACUAACAACCUUCGAUUAUGGUCCAGCAAAGCUGCCAGUGGCGAGUUCGACUUUCAAAAGUUCAACAGCGGGGAAUACGAAAGCUCAGUAGCAGACCAGCAACGAGCCGAAACCAUCAGCGCCGUUUUAUAUCCGAAUGACAACCUAGAUCGUGGAAAAGAGUUGCGUCUCAAGCAACAAUACUUUUGGGUUGCCGCUUCGCUUUACGACAUCGUUCGUCGAUUCAAGAAGACGAAGCGUGCUUGGAGCGAAUUCCCCGACCAGGUCGCAAUUCAACUUAAUGAUACUCACCCAACGCUUGCUAUCGUAGAGCUUCAGCGGAUUCUUAUAGAUGUAGAAGGUCUUGAAUGGGAUGAAGCAUGGAGGAUAGUCACAUCGACAUUUGGCUACACCAACCACACUGUCUUGCCUGAGGCGCUUGAGAAGUGGCCUGUUGGGUUGAUGCAACAUCUCCUGCCUCGUCAUCUUCAAAUUAUUUACGAUAUUAACCUUUUCUUCCUACAAAUCGUAGAGAAGAAAUUCCCUAAUGAUCGAGACAUGUUGCGCCGAGUUUCCAUUAUUGAAGAAUCUCAGCCAAAGAUGGUCCGAAUGGCGUUCCUAGCAGUUGUUGGUUCCCACAAGGUUAACGGUGUCGCUGAGCUGCACUCAGAUCUCAUCCAGACAACCAUCUUCAAAGACUUUGUUACUAUUUUUGGAGCUGACAAGUUUACCAACGUGACAAACGGAAUUACGCCACGACGAUGGUUGCACCAGGCGAAUCCUCGACUUUCAGAGCUCAUUGCCAGCAAGACUGGUGGUCACGAGUUCCUCAAGGACCUCACCCUUCUCAAUAGGCUAGAGGAGUUUGUUGAUGAUAAAGCCUUCAGAAAGGAAUGGGCUGAGAUCAAGUAUGCUAACAAGGUCCGUCUUGCGAAGUAUAUUAAGAGCACUAUGGACAUCACGGUCAACCCGUCGUCUCUAUUCGAUGUCCAGGUGAAGAGAAUCCACGAGUACAAGAGGCAACAGCUAAACAUAUUCGGCGUCAUCUACCGGUAUCUAAAACUCAAGGAAUUGAGCCCCGAAGAGAGAAAGAAGCAACUACCUCGCGUCUCGAUCUUCGGUGGAAAGGCAGCACCGGGCUAUUGGAUGGCCAAACAAAUCAUCCACCUUGUCAAUAGCGUUGGCGCUGUUGUCAACAAUGAUCCCGAUAUUGGUGAUCUCCUAAAGGUUAUUUUCCUAGAAGACUACAACGUCAGCAAGGCGGAGAUGAUUACUCCUGCGUCCGAUCUCAGCGAGCAUAUCUCGACUGCCGGUACCGAGGCCUCCGGAACCAGCAACAUGAAAUUCGUACUAAACGGUGGCUUGAUUAUCGGAACUUGCGACGGUGCCAACAUUGAAAUCACUCGUGAAAUUGGACAAGAAAACAUCUUCCUUUUUGGCACACUGUCCGAGGACGUUGAGGAUCUACGACAUGCCCAUACUUACGGCACACAUGCUGUUGAUGCUGGUCUUAACCAGGUAUUCGAAGCUAUUAAGAGCGGUACGUUCGGUGACUCGAACGAUUUCAACGCGCUCAUCUCAGCUGUCCGCGACCACGGUGAUUAUUACCUAGUAUCAGACGACUUCCAGUCGUACCUCGACACGCAGAAGAUGGUGGACGAGGAGUACCGUAACCAGGAUGAGUGGGUAUCCAAGUGUAUCCGUAGUGUAGCUAGAAUGGGCUUCUUCAGCUCCGAUAGGUGCAUCAACGAGUACGCGGAGGGUAUCUGGAACGUGGAGCCCCUAGCCGUUGGUGGCGAUUAAAGGGUGUAUUGCCGCGAUGCCUAUGUACUUACCUAGGUACGCCACAUAUAGCGAUAGCUCCUGGAUCCAGGCCGGGCGAGUUCCAAACGAGGAAUGGAUAAUGAUAGGUUUGAGGCAGGUUAAGAUCAUGCGUAUGAGAGGUUUGGUUAUGAAUACCUAGCAUCCUAAGUAUCAAUUAUACGAUAUUUCUUGACUACUUACACAAUGUUGUCUCAUUUAUCAUGCUGUACGUCGUCAAUUGGUGCAUCCAAUACCGGGAAGAAGCCUUCUGUUCAGAUCCAUGACUUCAAGCUGUGGAUGUUCUGUCUUCGGGAUAGAGAUUUUGUUUUUGUCUACCUACACAGAUACUACCUACCUGCCCAUCUAGUUACCUAGGCACAGCGGAUACAGACCUAUGCGAUGAAACCAAGUGCCAAGGAGUUGGGUAGAGGUC